CAGCCUGGGCUGGACCUCGAAUUGCGUCACGGCGGGGCAGGCUCGGAAGGAAGCAGAUACCUGAUGGUGGCUGAGUCCACAAUGCCCCCUAAGUAUGAUGUGUUGAGUCAAGAUGAACUGCGCAAAAAGCUAUACCAGACGUUUAAGGAUCGAGGUAUACUGGACACUUUAAAGACACAACUCAGAAACCAGCUAAUCCAUGAACUGAUGCACCCUGUGCUAAGUGGAGAACUGCAGCCUCAGUCCAUCUCAGUGGAAGGAAGUACCCUCUUAGUAGGGGCCUCAAACUCUGUAGUGGCAGAUCACUUACAAAGAUGUGGCUAUGAAUAUUCCCUUUCUGUUUUCUUUCCGGAAAGUGGUUUGGCAAAAGAAAAGGUAUUUACUAUGCAAGAUCUAUUACAACUCAUUAAAGUCAACCCCACAUCCAGUCUCUACAGAUCACUGAUUUCAGGAUGUGAAAAAGAAAACCAGAAAGGUUUCCUUAUGAAUUUCUUAAAAGAAUUGGCAGAAUAUCAUCAAGCUAAAGAGAACUGUGAUGUGGGAACUCAGACAAGUUCAACAUUUCCUAGCAAGAAUUCAAUUGUGGAGAAGUUUCAGCUUAUUGAUGACCAAUUUGCAGAUGCUUAUCCCCAGCGUCCAAAGCUAGAGUCUUUAGAAGUAAAGUUAAAUGAAUACAGGAGUGAACUAGAACAACAACUCCAAGCAGAAAUGUAUCAAAAGUUGAAGCAUUUUAAAGAUACCGAAAUAGCAAAAAUUAAAAUGGAAGAGAAAAGAAAGUAUGAGAAGGAAUUAGCAGAGUUCCGGCACGAGUUUGAGAGAACUUACAAAGCAAAAACUGAAGCCCUCAUUUCUCAGGAAAAGAAUACUCUUGAAAGAAUUCAGAAGCAUCAGGAGACUGAAACAAAAGAAAUCUAUACUCAAAGGCAGCUUCUACUAAAAGAUAUAGAUUUGCUAAGAGGCAGAGAAGCAGACCUGAAGCAAAGAGUCGAAGCUUUUGAAUUGUCCCAAAAGCUCCAAGAAGAAAAAAAUAAAAGUGUGGCAGAGGCACUUAGAAGACGGGAGCAGAAUAUAAAGAAUAUUGAGGAGACCUAUGACCAAAAGCUCAAGAAUGAACUUCUAAAGCCAACUGAAAGGGAAUUGCUUUUGGUAACCUCAAGGUAUCAGCUUGAACUGAAGGAUGACUACAUCGCUCGAACUAAUAGGCUGAUUGAAGAUGAAAGGAAGAAUAAAGCAAGAGCUAUUCAUUUGCAAGAGGAGCUCAUAGCUGUUAAUUCAAAAAAGGAAAAACUCAGUCAGUCUGCAAAUCGUGUGAAGGAACUUGAGCUCGAGUUAGAGUCCAUCAAAGCAGAGCUUGUGACAGUGAUGAAACAGAACCACUUGCUGAAUGAAAGGGUUAAAGAGAUGAAUGAUUAUUCACAAUUGAAAGAAGAGAAACUGGAGCUUCAGGCACAAAAUAAAUUACUUCGACAACAACUGGAAGACAGUAGAAGUGAAAACUUGCGUCUCCUAAACCGCAUGGCCCAGCCGGCUCCUGAACUUCUAGUUUUUCAGAAAGAAUUAAAGAAAGCAGAAAAUACCAUCACAUUUGAGCAUAGGGAGUUUGAAACUCAAAGGCAAGUUCUGCAAAAACAACUGCAGAAUGAAAUUGAACAUUCUACACAGCUAAAGGCCCAGCUAUUAGAUUAUGAUUCUUCUAUAAAGAGGUUGACUAUUCAGGUUGCUGAUUUAAAAUUGCAACUGAAACAAACACAGACAGCCCUGGAGAAUGAAGUGUACCGCAACCCCAAGCAGUCUCUGAGCCAUCAAUGUGUGAAUAGCUUGCUGAGUGGACCGCCGGAGCCUCACACCGGAGAUGGAAUCAGGGGUGUCCUGAACAGUUCCCCUGGACAGGAAAUUAUGCCAAAGAUCCCAGGUUACCCGAAUGCAGGAAGGGAGGGAAGCUCCCCAGACUCUGACCUUGAGAUUAUAGCCAAUACUAAGGUGAAGGUGAGAGAGCUAGAGCAAGAGGCUGAAUGCUUGGAAAAGGCUUUCAAAUUUUACCAUCAGAGAGUUACUCGUAUCCCUGCUAAAAGCCCACCCCUGGCAAAGAACCCACCAUCUCUACACUUGCUUGGAGCUUUCAAAAGUAGCAGUUCCACUGACUUGGGAAGGCACAUUUUUACAGAGGAUAGAAUUGUCUCUGAGCAGCCCCAGGUGUGUACACUUAAUGAGAAGAGUGAUGCUGUUGUGGAAGUCACGCUGGGCAGCCCGACUUCACAUUCUGGAAGAAGCACUUCCUCUCGACGCCUGUCCUCCACGCCACUUCCCAAAGCCAGAAGAAGCCUUGAGAAUGGGCUGUAUCUAGAAGGUCUAGGUAGGUCACACAUUGUGUCCCCUGGUCCUUGUCCUGACAAAAUGCCCCAGCCAUCACCACCUGAGUCAAGGCACACCCUCUCUGUCCAUUCAUUCUCCAGCCCCCCAGAGCAGAAGGCCACUCUUUAUCAGAAACAAACAGAAGUUGAAGACAGAAGUGAAUUUUCAAAUCUGGACAAGCCAGCUUUCAAAGGUAACGAGGCAUUUGAACCGUCUUUUACACAUACAAAGGCUUGGCCAAGGCAGUUUGAAGAGGAUGGGCUCCUCCCCGCUGGUGACAUGCCUCACAUUGACUCUGCUGUAGCUGCCAUGCCCACCAUACCCCCCGCAUAUCACAACCAAAGUGCAGAUCAGAAACAAAGUGGAGAACAUAAGAAAGAAGAAAACAAGUGGGAACAGCAUGUUAAAGAACAAAGGCAGAAGGAAGAACAUAGGCGGAGUGACCUAAGAGAGACUCUGGAAAAGGAACGAAGAGAGCUGGAGAAACUGGAUCAGGAAAGGAGGAUAAUUGAAGAAUCACUGAAGAUUGAGAUGGAAAAGGAAUUAGAAAUGAGUGUUCAAGAAAUGAAAGAAAAAUCAGCAACCAGUGAAAAUCCUUUAGACAAGUACAUGAAAAUCAUCCAGCAAAAGAAAGAGCAACAGGAUGCAGAUAAGAGCCCCAAAAAGACCCUCCCAGAAAGCUCCCAAGUGGAUACACUGCCAUCUAGUGACAAGGAUGAAAGUUUCACAGGGUUUUCUCCUGAAGAACCAGAUGACAUUUGGUAAUUAUGCUAGCUGCCCAGCUUCUUACAACAAUGAAGUUACCUAGAAUCUGGUCCUUUAAAAUAUUUCUUUGUCAUCACAGAAAUUCUCAAUAAAAACUGUACACUCCA